GAAGAUGGGUUCAGUCCCGGCGAUAUCUGCCCUUAUUUUGGGCAUUGUGGUUCCAGCGCUGGCCGGCUACAUUGAGGCGCUGGCAGCCAAUGCAGGCACAGGGUUUGCCGUGGCAGAGCCACAGGUGGCGAUGUUCUGUGGAAAGCUCAACAUGCAUGUCAACAUUCAGACCGGCCGCUGGGAACCCGACCCAUCUGGAAGCAAGAGCUGCGUAGGAACCAAAGAGGGUGUGCUGCAGUACUGCCAGGAGAUGUAUCCUGAGCUCCAAAUAACAAAUGUGGUGGAAGCCAACCAGCCAAUUCGUAUUGAGAACUGGUGCAAGAAGGAGAAGAAGGUGUGCAAAGGGCACGCCCACAUUGUGGUGCCUUACAAAUGCUUAGUGGGCGAGUUUGUGAGUGACGUGCUUCUGGUUCCAGAAAAGUGCAAGUUCUUUCACAAGGAGCGUAUGGACAUGUGCGUCAGCCAUCAGCAGUGGCAUGGUGUGGCCAAAGAGGCCUGUGCCAAGAGCUCCAUGGUGCUGCACAGCUACGGCAUGCUGCUGCCCUGUGGCAUUGACAAGUUCCACGGCACUGAGUAUGUGUGCUGCCCCGCCUCUCGUGCUGGGGAGUCCGCUCCUCCUUCCUUGCCCUCCCAGGAGGACGACGAAGAGGAGGAGGUAGAGGAUGAGGAGAUUGGCGAAUACGACCUGCCUGAGGAGGAUGCCGUGGAGGACAGUGAGACACCAGCUGAUGAGCGGCCCACACCAAAGGAGGAGCCAGUGCACGAGGACGAAGACGAGGAUGAGGAAGACGAAGAGGAGUACCACUAUGUCUAUGAGGAUGAGGACAUAGAUAAGGAGGACGAGUAUGAGAAGAAAGAGAGCAGCAAAAUGUCAGAGAGCCAAGAUGAGGACAAGACUCUGCAGGAAGUCAAAGCGGUGUGCACCCUGGAGGCUGAGACAGGCCCCUGCCGUGCCUCCAUGCCCCGCUGGCACUUCGACAUGAGCCAGAGGAAGUGUGUGCGCUUCAUAUACGGGGGCUGUGCCGGCAACCGCAACAAUUUCGACUCAGAGGAGUACUGCAUGGCUGUGUGCAAGCGCCUGACCAUGCCACCGACUCCUCAGCCCACUGAUGAUGUGGACAUCUACUUUGAGACUCCGGCUGAUGACAAGGAGCAUAGUCGCUUCCAGAGGGCCAAGGAGCAGCUGGAGAUCAGACAUCGCAACCGCAUGGAGAGGGUAAGAAAAGAGUGGGAAGAGGCCGAUCGCCAGGCUAAGAACCUGCCCAAGGCUGAGAGGCAGACAUUGAUGCAGCACUUCCAAGCCAUGGUGGAGUCCCUGGAGGAGGAGGCAGCCAGCGAAAAGCAGCAGCUGGUGGAGACUCACCUUGCCCGGGUGGAGGCCAUGCUGAAUGACCGGCGCCGUCUGGCCCUGGAGAACUACCUGGCUGCCCUGCAGGCCGACCCCCCUCGGCCCCACCGCAUCCUUCAAGCCCUGAGACGGUACGUCCGCGCCGAGAACAAGGACCGCCAACACACCAUCCGCCAUUACCAGCACGUCCUGGCUGUGGAUCCUGAGAAAGCUGCUCAGAUGAAGUCACAGGUGAUGACCCACCUGCGUGUGAUCGAAGAGAGGAUGAACCAGAGCCUGUCCCUGCUCUACAAAGUACCUUAUGUGGCAGAGGAGAUUCAGGAUGAAAUUGACGAGCUACUCCAGGAGCAGAAAGCUGACAUGGACCAGUUCUUGUCAUCUAUCUCCGAAUCACAGCCAGAUGUCACUGUGUCGUCAGAGGAGAGCGUGGAAGUCCCCGUGUCUGAGGGCAAACCCUACCGGCCCUUCCAGGUCACAUCCUUGGGGUCCCGUUCAGAGCCAGAGGGCUCCGCCAUGUCUGGUUUAGACGGUCUAAUAGGUGCCGAGGAGAGAAUCAUCAACAGCAAACCCAAGAUCAGCGACAAUGUGGUGAUUGAUGAGUCUCUGGAUGUUAAAGAAGUGGUUUACAGUGCAGAGAGAGUCAGCGUUAUGCAUGAUGAUGAGCUGGAGUCCUACCGCCCCCUGGGAGAGGACUUCAGCUUCGGUAGCAGUGCACUGAUUGGCUUGCUGGUGAUCGCGGUGGCCAUAGCAACUGUGAUUGUGAUCAGUCUGGUGCUUUUGAGGAAGAGGCAAUACGGCACUAUCAGUCAUGGCAUCGUGGAGGUUGACCCCAUGCUGACACCAGAAGAACGCCACCUCAGCAAGAUGCAGAACCACGGUUAUGAAAACCCCACCUACAAAUACCUGGAGCAGAUGCAGAUCUAACCAGAGCCUACAGGGGGGGCAUUGUGCAGUCUGACAGAGGACGGCAACUGAGGGGGAACAUACUACUGACCAAUAACAUAUGCUAUUGUUAAAACCAUUUGCAAACAUCCAAACUCCAUUUACUGGUUUGUUCAAAAACAAUCCUUAAAUAAUGCUACUACUUCUACUACUGCUACUAUUGUACUAUAGAGCUCUUUUUGAUCAUGUUUCUUUUGAAAAGGUGAUGUAUCUGCCAUUUUGCAUUAUGGAAAAUGUGAUUCUGCAGAUUUCUCUGUAAUUAUCAAUACAGCUAUCUCAGAUCAAGAUGUAUAACAUUUCUUCAGAGAGUUUCUUUAUUUUUGAGAGUUGCAGGGCGAAUCAAGCAAAAUAUAAGUGUUUUUGAGUGGCCAUCGUCAAAGCGGCAUACCAGACACUACACUUUAGUUUUCCAUCUUGCGAGUGUCACUCAUGCAGUCUCUGAUGGUUUUCUCAAAAAGAAUUGGUGUUUUAUUUUGUUCUUUUUCCUCUCAAUAGAUUGCUUGUAUAUGAAGGUUCUUUGUACCAAUUAAAAUGUAUAGUGAAACAACAAAUGAGAAAAAAAUGAAAUCAUGGAUUAUUUACUUUCUGUUCUUUGUUAUGAUAACAGACAAAAUAUACAUAUACAGUUUAAAUAUAUAUAAGAAUAGAUGUUUUUAUUCCACCUUUUUUUUCCUAGGGAAGAGGUUAUGAGUCGGCUUAGGGGUCUUAGCUAAGUGGUCAUGAGUUGUGUUUGCAAGCACACUGUCAGAAAGAGUCAGUGAGGAUAAAAGUGUGCACAGACCCCCAGCUCAAACACAUCACACAAAACCUACUCUGAACCCUUACGUACUAAGUGAAUGUGAUAAUAUAGCCCCUCCUACACACAAACACAACCUUUUAUCAAUAGGGAAAUGGUAUAAAUCGAUAGAUGAAAUCAUACCUAUUGAUAUGUGUUACAUAGUUGAAUGUAUUGUGGAAGCUUUUUUUCUCCAUACUAUGUACCUAACAGGUUCCUAUGUGGCUUUGAUUUCAAUGCAUGUCACGAACAUUGUGACAGCAUGCAAUGACAUGCUACAAACUGAGAAACAAGUAUAGUUUUUUUGGUUUGUUGUUUUGUUUUUGUUAAUUGUUUUUUCACACUUUUUCUGAAGCAAAAUCCAGGUACUGAAACUAAACUAACUUUGGGGAUGAUGUACACACAUGUUUUUUGAGCAACUGUUGGCUUUGCUGGUCAUAAAGCUUAGAACAGUAUGAUAGAUCAAAACAGGGCCGGCUCAGAGGCACAAACACAAGCCGAUACAUAGGACCCAUCUGCAGCCAGGGGCCUCCCACAGGAAGUGAAAAUGUACAAUAUUUGGUGGGUUUGGGGGUGCUAAAACUAUUAAUUGUAUCACAAUAAAUGCUACAAAAGAAGUGUUAUUCUCAAUCCAAAUAAUGGGGGAUUGUAAUGAAUAAUUUUGAUGGUUACUAAAGGUUUUUUGUGGAAUUUGGGGUAACAAACAAAAUUUUCAAUCUGGAAUUUGGGAUUCUGGUACCCAGAAAGGCUUGGGCCGGCCCUGGAUCAAAGCCAAUUGAGGACAACUUGGAGCUGGAGGGCUGUGCAGGCAGACAGAGACACACAGAAAGACAAGGCUUGGAGAGCUGGUUUCUGAAAAACAAAACAAUGAAGCAAACUUGUGUAUUUUUACAGGAAGAGAAUGACACAAAUGAGUUAACUGAAUCCUUGAGUCCUCUUUUUUCUCUCUCUCUCUUAGUAUUGUCUUUGUAUGCCUGUAUAGUUGAUGUUGCAAUCAUGGCUUUUUUCCGGAGGAUUACCUGUGGUGUGCAUUGUUCUUAUAUGAAAUGAUAUGAUAUAUAUUUUUAAGUUUGUUUUCUUGUUUUCUAUUUUUUCCUCUUCCUGUGACAGUAUCUCUGUAUGUGACUGUCUCACUAUGCACCCAAACGGCUUCAAUCUUGUAACUGCCUGCUUGAUUGUGGGAAGGGACUGGGAACUAAUAUAAUAUGCAUAUUAGUGAUUUAAAAAAAAUGAUUGACACAAAUGGAAACAGAUUUAUGGUUACAGGGGGGAUACACAUCAAUAAACUCACAACUUCCAUA